CUUGUGACUGCUCUUGACUUUAGAAAUUAGAAUUUCGUUUCAUUUUGUUUUUCAUUGUUUUUGUUAGUCGAACCGGCAAGACGUUAGAUUUAUUUAUUUAUGUACUCAUUAGUCAUUACACGUGGCGCAUAAUUAAUCACGGCUAUUUUGCUGAAAACUUUUAUCUAACCCCAAUCCCCUGACAUUGUAUAGUUCAACUCAGUUCAACUGUUCAACCAGUUCAACCAAGUGCAACAUAGUUAAUGUUAGUAGUCAAGAAGGUAAUAUGGCGCAAUCAACACAACCACUAACACCAUAUCCAGAACAACCACAAUAUGGUGCACCAACUAGUAGUCAACCAGCUGAUCCAGAACAUCGUAAAUUAAUUCAACAACAACUUGUAUUAUUAUUACAUGCACAUAAAUGUCAAAUACGUGAACGUUCAGGAAUAAAUAGUGAGUCAUGGCGUUGUACAUUACCACAUUGUAAAACAAUGAAAAAUGUAUUGACACAUAUGACAACAUGUGGAGACGGUAAAGAAUGCUCAAUGCCACAUUGUAGUUCAUCUAGACAAAUAAUAACACAUUGGAAACAAUGUCAACACACUGAUUGUCCUGUAUGUUUACCAUUAAGACAAGCUGAUAAAAUGAGAGCAGCAACCAAUGCUAAUGCAAGAAUCAGUCAAUCAGUUAAUAUGCAACAAUUACUUGGUUUAAAUGAGUCUGGUCAACCAGCGAAUAUUAGUGAAAAUCGUUUACCAAGUUCACAAUUACCUUGUGAUUUAAAUGCUGGACUAUUUACAGCAAAUCUAGUACCACGAACAAAAGAAUGGCAUCAAUCAGUAACACCAGAUUUACGUAAUCAUCUUGUUCAUACAAUAGUACAAGAAAUAUUUCCAGCACCAGAUCCACAAGCAAUGUUUGAUAAAAGAUUGCAUAAUUUAAUUGCAUAUGCGAGGAAAGUCGAGGCUGAUAUGUAUGAAAUGGCUGAUUCAAGACCUGAAUAUCAUUGGUUGGUGACUGAAAAAAUAUAUAAAAUUCAAAAAGAACUUGGAGAAAAACGUCAAAAACGUAAAGAACAACAACAAUUAGCUCAACAACAACAACAACAACAACAACAACAACAACAACAACAACAACAUCCAUUACCAUCAUGGAGACAAAGUCCAAGCGUACAAUCAUCAAUGUCAACAACACCAACUGGAUACAUUGCAUCACAAGGAAGUGCACCACUUGAUGCAUCAAUUGUUUCAUCAAUGUCAGCAUUAGACAUCAACAAUCAAUAUCAAUAA